UGUGCAGUAUUGAAGAGGAUAUGGCUAUGGCAUUUUUUUUUUAAUAAACGAUCAGCUGCUAUUCCCAGUCGUGACAGAAAAGAAAAGCCAGCUCCUUGAAUUCUGCGUUUCAUGGUUUCAUCAAUGUCAACGACGGCGAUUCGCCCAGGAAGGAAAUGGGAAAUCCCCCCUUCUCAAUCAGAUUGACAAUUUUCCUCUCUCUCUCCUUCUCCCUCGCUGCUUCAUCUUCUUCAACCUUAUUCUUCUUCAAACCUCCUUCUUCUUCUCUCUCUCUUCCUCCAUUAAACUCGCAGGCUCCAGUUCCAAAAGCUACUGCCCUUGAUUUGCUUUCUGUACUGGGACCCGCCUCCCAGUCCUCCGCAGUUAACCCUCUGGUUGCCCAGGAACUCAAGUCCUGCUUCAAGUUCCUCGUGCCCUUUUCUCCUGACAAACCCAAGACGGGAUUUUCUGGGAGACGGAGCUUGUGGGUCGUCGACGGUAAGGGCCGGAAAGAGGGGAAUGAGCUCGUUUGGUGGCCGCCGGAGCCGGUUCUCGAGCUGGCUAGACUUGCUGUUGACUCCGGCGGUAACCCGGAUGCCAUUCAUCAGAUUCUUGAUCCCUCGGUGAUUCCUGUUCCUGAUGUUGAAGGAUCAAAAGAAAAUCGAUGUCAACUUACUAGAACCCCAUAUGGAAGACGCUUCAUAAGCGAGGAGCUGAAUUCCUACCUUGGAUAUUUGUUUGAACUUAUUGUUGAUCGAGGACCCUCAGUUGGAUUAAAUGUGUCUUUGAAUCGUUAUGAUUUCUUUCAUGGUCACCUGUUUGUCUCCCAAGAAACUGGAAGGCUUGGUAUACUGUUCCAUGCUAAAGAAUACCCAGCAUAUGAUGAUAAAGUGUUUCCAUACAAUAUGGGCUUCUGCCAGAAGGGAUCUGAUGUUAGGUAUGACGAUUCCAUGAACUUGAGAAAUAUUCUUUGGCUUGCUCCAUUGCCCGGUAACUCCAACAAAGGUUGGGUGGCACCAGGAGUCCUAGUUGUGCUGGAUGCUCGUCCUGGAGGAAUCAUAUAUAGAGAUAUCAUACCUGAGUAUGUACGAUUUGCAAGAACCAUAUACGAAGAUGACUUGGGGGACGUAGUGGUUGACGUCAACUACUUGAAUGUUGGAGAUUCCAGGCCUGAUUAUCAGAUUUUCAUCUGCUGACACUUCUAUCCAGUCUCAGAUCAAAAGGAGAGAAAGAAAAAGAGCUCCACUCAUUUUCUCCAUCUAUCCUAACAAUCAGUUUCCAUUACUGUCAAUGUCUGUCCGAACAAGCCGGUGGCAGGCAUUGAACCGAUCUUAAUGUGCGAUACAUUUUUUUCUGGGAUUUCAUCUUUUGCGGAACUGUGCCUAUUUCCAUGAUGGUUGCUGCUUUCAUUCUUCUGGGUACGGGACUCGAUUUAAAGAAGAUUGGAGAUGGAUUUUUUUACUCUGAUAAAUUGCCCCUGCAAUUGGCAUUCUCUUCUUUGUAUUUUCUUGAGUCCGUUGAAUUAGUUCUUUGUGUGUUAAAUUUAAUCAAGGAUGCAGAUUUGUAAUUAUUAUAUAUGUCAUCAAAAUUAUUUCUAUAUUUAUAAAUUAUAAAUUAAAUUCUA